CUCAGUUCUUCUUCAUUCUGCUCCCGACUCUCCGGCCGGCCGCGCAAUCGGAGCUCUCCACCGCCUCCGCCUCCCUCCACAUUAUGGAAACUCACAGCUGUUUCUUCGCGGUGGCUCUGGUCGUCUCCUCCUCCGUUCUCUUCGCUUCCGGGGACUCCCUCCGUCCUUUCGCCCGAGGAUGGUACUCUGCCACCGCUACAUGGUACGGAAGCCCCGACGGCGACGGCAGUGACGGUGGGGCGUGCGGGUACGGGACGAUGGUGGACGUGAGGCCGUACAGGGCGAGGGUGGGGGCGGUGAGUCCAGUGCUGUUUAAGAACGGCGAGGGCUGCGGCGCCUGCUACAAGGUCAAGUGUUUGGACAGGUCUAUAUGUACGAGAAAGGCAGUCACGGUGAUUAUCACUGACCAGGCUCCUGACCGCUUCAGUGACCGUCCCCUUCUCGACCUCAGCGGUGCUGCCUUCAGCCGCAUGGCGGUCACCGGCUACAGUGGCAGCCUCCGUAACCGCGGCGAGAUGCCCGUCAUUUACCGCCGGACGAAAUGCAAGUAUCCAGGGAAGAACAUAGCCUUCCGGGUGAACGAGGGCUCAACUGGCUAUUGGCUUUCCCUUUUGGUCGAGUUUGAGGAGGGCGAUGGAGAUAUUGGCUCCAUGCACAUCCGACAGGUACAAUUCCAUUUUCAUCAUUUCUCGAUCACUUUAAUUACUUACUCUAAUUCAAUUCAUUUUUCCUUUUUAGUUUAAUUGAUCAAUUUUUCCAUGGCUGAAACUAACUACUCCGUAAUUAAUUCAAAAUUAGUGGUGGAUGAUCAUAUAAUUCAAAAAGUGUGGAGGCACCCUAUAAAAAGGUUGUGCCAAAUUUUCUCGACCGCGCACUAGCUACAAAAGUCGCACUCCACUCUACUUUUUGUUUUUGUUUAUCAAAUUACGGAGUAUACUUUUAAACGUACCACUAAUUCUCGUGAUUGCUCCUUUAAAAAAGUUUUGAUAAUACGGCCGGCUCAAUUUCACCCUUUAAUUUUUUUUUCAACUUUAUCCUUUUAGUGCAUGGUUCAAAUGAAAAAAUGAGAAUAAAUAAAAAUGCAUAUG